AUGAAUUUCAACAAAAUGAAGAAAGUCCGGUUCUGCUUGGAAAAAGAGACUGAGGACCCUGGAAACGCCGAGCAUAGCGUGCUCCGACUUGUGGACCACGAAGAACUCUCGAAACAUACAGCUUGCGACGAUUGCUGGAUCGCAAUACAUGGCAAAAUAUACAACAUCAGUGGGUAUCUCAAUAAACAUCCAGGAGGAGCACAAGUGAUGUUGAGACUGGCUGGAAAAGACGGCACAGCGCAGUUCGAUGAAGUGGGCCACUCGUUGGAGUCGUUGAUGUUUGAUCUGGGGUCCGAAGCCUGUGUGGGGCUACUGAAUGCUGCUCCCCGCGCUGCGCCCGAAAAAAGCGAAAAACUUCGUGCAUCAGAGCCGAGCCCAAUACUGCGAAACGCUUCUACAUAUCAAGACCGUGGCACUGCCAAAUUGCAGCGACAGCAGCUGUGGAAGUGGCAGAAAAUAAAACCCGGGUUUUCCAGCCUUACAUAUCCGUCUGCCACGGCCGCAUCAUCACUGCCGAACAUGGGCCUGUCGAGCUUCAAGGAGAACGGUGAAGCUCGCAAAACGGCUAACACAAUCAUCACAGCCGCUGUGAUGACCAUUUGCAUCACCAUCCUCCUGUAUGUCAAGCUGCGAUGUCCCGACAUGAUCGAACACGUGGUUGCGUUUGCGCUUCCCGAUGAGCAAGCUAGCGAAGACUACGAGAUACCGAAAUGGUAUCUAUAG